CGCCGGAAGUGGCGAGGGCGGAGCCGGCGCUGUUGGGUACAGUCGGCCGCCCAGCCAAGAUGCUGUUGGACUUGUCCGAGGAGCACAAGGAGCACCUGGCCUUCCUACCGCAAGUGGACAGCGCAGUGGUCGCCGAGUUCGGGCGGAUUGCGGUGGAGUUCCUGAGGCGAGGCUCGAACCCUAAGAUCUACGAAAGCGCCGCAAGAAAGCUCAAUGUGAGUAGUGACACGGUGCAGCAUGGUGUCGAAGGAUUAAUAUAUCUCCUCACUGAGAGCUCAAAGCUCAUGAUUUCGGAACUGGAUUUCCAAGACUCUGUUUUUGUUCUGGGAUUCUCUGAAGAACUAAACAAAUUGUUGCUUCAGCUUUAUCUGGACAACAGAAAGGAAAUCAGAACCAUUCUGAGUGAACUGGCACCAGACCUUCCUAGUUACCACAGCCUUGAAUGGCGACUAGAUGUACAGCUUGCAAGCAGAAGCCUGAGGCAACAGAUUAAGCCAUCGGUAACUAUGAAACUGCACCUUAACCACAGUGGGGACCACACCACCAAAAUUCUGCAGACAGACCCCGCCACCCUGCUUCACUUGGUUCAGGCUGGAACAAGUGUUAGAGGAAAUGAAGACUAACCACUGCAGGAGAGUCGUCCGCAACAUCAAGUAGAACCAGCUCACAGCUUUUGUCCCUUUGUAUCAUUUGUCAAUUGAUGAUAUAUAGAAAUCACUUUUCACCAUUAACUUUUUUAUUAACUGGUGGUGAUAAAUACAAUAAGAUUUCGUGAAAUCUCUUGUUCCAGACCAUUGAGUCCA